AGGAGCCUGCAAGAAGCUGAGUUCGGAAGCGAAGCCCCAAACCCUCUUCCUCCGCCGUUUACCCUUCAGCCGCCGGCAGCCGGCCGCCGCCACUGCCGCCUGAACGCCAUGGUGGUCUCACACCUGCGAGCGGCCCUCUCCCGCAUCCUCCGCUCGCCAUCCCGCCUCCCCGCCUCCUCGCACGCCCCUCCCCUCAUCCUCCACUCUUCCGCUGCCGCCGCGUCCUCUUCCGGCUCCUUCGCGGCGGCGGACUACCUCGUCUCCCGCUGCGGCCUCACCCAGGCGCAGGCGCUCAAGGCCGCCGCGAAGAUCUCCCACCUCCCGUCCCGCGCCAGGCCCGACGCCGUGCUCGCCUACCUCGAGAGCACCCUCCGCGUCCCCGCCGCCGACGUCACCAGGGUCGUCGUCAUGGACUCGACCUUCCUCUGCGCCGACGUGGAGCAGACCCUGGCCCGGCGCGUUGCCGACCUGCGCGACCUCGGCCUGUCGCGGGACCAGAUCGCGCGCCUCGUUCCCCUCGUCCCCAACUCCUUCCGCAACAGGUUUCUCCGCAGCAAUCUCGAGUUCUGGCUUGCCGAGAUCGGGUCCUUCGACAAGCUACUGAAGGUCCUCAGGUCGUGCUCCGGCCUUCUCAGCAUGGAUCUGGACAAGGUUGCCAGGCCCAACGUGGCCUUCCUCCGGCAAUGCGGCCAGGACAUUUCUGAGAUUGCUGGCACCAAUCUCUACGUCAGUCGGAUCUUCACCAUGAAACCAGAACUUCUCAAGGAGACUGUCCAGCGAGUGGAGGAGUUGGGUGUCGAGCGUAGUGCCAGAAUGUUCCGCCGCGCGAUCGCUGUGGUUGCUUUUAUUGACAAGGGGGUUAUUGCCAGGAGAAUACUGCUGUUACACAAUGUUGGGUUCUCAAAGGAUGAUGUGCUGGCGAUUGUGAGGAAGCAGCCUCUCGUUCUGGGCACGUCUGAGCAAAAGAUUCAGGGAAAUAUGGAUUUCUUGAUGAAGGAUGUCGGUCUAGAGGUAUCCUAUAUUGCUCGAAGACCAGUGCUGCUCAUGUAUAGUGUUGAGCGGCGGUUGUUGCCCCGGCAUUACUUGCUCAAAGUUCUCAGGGAGAAAGGUUUGCUGAAAGGUCAGCCGGACUACUAUGGCACUGCCUCGAUGGGUGAGAAGAUUUUUGUGGAGAAGUUUGUGCAUCCUUUCAAGAACCAUGUCCCAGGCCUCACCGAUGACUAUGCCUCCAAAUGUUGGGGGAAGGCAAUGGAUGGAGUUCGCAGCCAAAAGACUGAAUGAAUAUUGCUGAAGCUUGUAUGGAAAGGACAAGUCUAAAGGUGACCAAAUCUGGAGCAGCAGUAUAGUGGUCAAGAUCCAUGGUGCUGGUUGGCAACCUUCCAUAACAUGCAAGUUGUUUCUAAUUGUCUGAGUGCAGGGUAUAAUUCACUCACUGUGCAAGUUGCCUGUUAUCUUAUGUUUUCCUCUGAAUGUGCGUCAUGAGAAAAAAAACAGUAUCUUUCCAUGGUGAUUAAACAAAGGCAACAUGUAACAUAAUCUCUCUUUUAGAUUUUAGAAGCAUUGAGCAUUUGAGCUUUGGUCGUCUUGUUCUGAAUUUAGACUAUUUGGUUAGAGCACUUGUAGCUCCUUGUUUAGUUCCUUGGUACUUGGACUUUUAGCUUUGGAACAAGAUAACUGAUGUGGUCUUAAUCUGCCAAGAAUGAUUUACACAAUAAGUGAUGGAUAGCCUUGCUCCUGCUUCUCUCUUGUAUGGAGCAAGUAGAGAUCCUCUUUUCUUUUGGCCAUGCACUGUAGUCAGCAGGAGGCAGUACCUGUAGUCAGCAACAAUAGAAGGUAGUGGAGUAGUGGGUGUAUGUCUUUUUACUCUACAUUUGACUUGUGAUAUAUGCAAGAUAGGAUAGUAGCUGCAGCGUACAUUUGACUUGUGAUAUAUGCAAGAUAGGAUAGUAGCUGCAGCGCUAGUUAAGUUCAGCAGCACCAAGAAUCUUGUGCUCUCUGUUCUCACCUAUCCCCUUCUUCUACCGCUUGCCAAUGGGAACUCACCUAGAGGCUGGGCCAACAAGAUGCCACUGAGGGCUGAUGAUGCACCCUUUGCACUGAAAUAUCUUUUGUAUUUGCUUUUCUGAAGAAAUAUGAAUGGUUAAAAGAUGAUAUUGAAGGGUUGCCAAUACAUUUUCUUCUGCGAGAACACAUAAAAAUGUGAAGAGAAAGCCAAAUAGAAUUUCCUGGUGCUUGUUCCAUGAAACCACUGACAUUAUUUAAUUUAUUUGUAAGUUGUAGCAACUCAUGCAUAGAGUGUAUAGCAGAAAAGUGCCAUCUGUAAUCUGGAUGGGCGUUUGACAUUGACAAUAUUUGCAGCAGGAGAAUCCUCAGGCCACAUUAUCAAAAAUUUGAACAGGGCAUUUGAUAUUAAGACUCGAAAUUACCGAAGUUUGAAUUGACGAUAGAACUGUUUGGAAGAUCUCAAAAUAGUUAGGAUAAAUUAUAAAUUAAAAUGAUGCUGUGGAGGCUCCAUGUUACAGCUUGGUCAUUAACUGAAAAGGAUCUCAUUUAAGACAUGUAUUCAAGUACUUGAAAAAGCAAUAAGCUUGACUGGCAUCAGGCAUGCUUGUGCUUCUCAAGAUUUAGACACUUCAAAAAUAAAUUUCAAAUUGGAUAGUAGCCUGCAAGCUGAAGGUAAUUCUUUAUUUUACAUGUUUGCAGACUGCAGUCAUUGUUGUUGAGCAGUUCUGUCUAAGCAGUAGGCACAUGCAGGACAGGUUGACAUUCUUACUCCCAAGAUGUGAUACAACAGUAUCAACCCCCAUGAUUUAAUCUAUCUAGCCUGAAAGCUUUUUUGAUUUGGCAUUUAUUGGCGGAUAAUGUGGACCUUUAUCCUUUGCAUUCGCAGCUCGAUAUGGCAGCAUCCCUCAUGGAUAAUGAUAUCCUUUCUGCUGAUGCUGUUGAUUUGUCCCUGAUGACCAUUGUUGCUUCCUUCACACCAAUGACAUGCAUAGUUUUCGUCUAUUGCUAUAAUUACAGGAUCUACAAUUUCCACUAGCUGCUGGUCUGGAAAAGCUUCCUGGCUCUAGCCCUGCAAGCUAAGGGAUUGAUGCCGAAAGGUUGUUUGGAGCCUAAUACAGUUCUUCUAGACCAAUCAUGUGGGGGUAACUCUUCGGAAAUUGUUCUUGAGAGCAUGUAAUUCUGUUACUUUAGCAGUAUCAAACAACACAACUCCUCAGGGAUGUUGCCCUAGAGACGGUUGCUGCUGAGGUUGAUUCCCUAGAAGAGAUUGGCAAGUGACUGGGAUCGCCCCUGUGAGGUUGUUCUGCCACAACACACCUUGGAGGUUUGAAAGCUCUCCAAGCCUAUUGGGGAUUCCUCCCAUGAGCUGCUUCAUGCCAAGCCUGAUGCUCACAAGAAGUUUGCUGCAGUUCCUCAGGCCAACUAAGAUCUCACCCUGGAGUGGAUUGUUUGAGAAGUGAAGAUAUCACAACCGGUAUAUGUGGCUGACAGUUGCAGGAUUCGACAUUGCAGCAUUUUUUUUCUAAGGUUGAGGCUUGUCAAGAAUGUCGAGUUGCCAAUGGAAGCGGGAUGACAGCAUGCUGGAUUGCCUUCAGUUCCAGCAAGGCAUCCUGGUCAAUCUUGCUGCGGAUGCCUGACUGAAUGAAGUUGAGCUGGUAGGAGCCCAUGAAGCAACACAAGAGGAAAACUCAGAAUGCAAGCCAUGGAGAAAGACCAAUUGUGAACGACUUGAGCUGCGCCCUGAGGAUCUUGCCGGAAGGUGACCGGGGGAUGCAGUCGACGAACACCACUCUCCUCACCUUCUUGUACGGCGCCACUUUGCUCUGAACGAAGGAGAUGACGUCCUGCGCCUGCGGCUGGUUGCUCCCUGGUUUCUUCACCACGCACGCUACCGGGAUCUCGCCGGCCUCCUCGUCGGGAUACCUUUGGGGCCGUGCCAAACCAUCAGCAACGCAUGUGAAGUCAUGUCAUUUGGUCACAGGUGUAUGGUCACAGGUGUACAAGAAUUGUUGUGUCCUUUCCGGUACGGAGGGAGCAAGAAGAAUCAAGUGAUAGUGUACGCCGACUCACGGCGCAACAGCGGCGUCGUGGAUAUCUGGGUGGGCGGCGAGGACGUCCUCAAGCUCGGCCGGCGCGACCUGGUAGGCCUUGUACUUGAUGAGCUCCUUGAUCCGGUCCACCACGUGGACAAGGCCGUGGGAGUCGACGUAGCAGAGGUCGCCGGUGCGCAGCCACCGGCGGCCGCCGUCGUCCGCGACCAGAGCCGCGGCUGUGGCCUCCUCGCGGCGCAGGUAGCCCUGCAUCACGCUUGGGCCCCGGAUCCACAGCUCGCCGACGCGGUUUGGCGGGAGGGACUCGCCGGACUCCUCGUCCACGACCCUCGCCUCCGUGCUCGGAACCAGGCGCCCGAUGGAGAUCGACGUCGGCGGCUCGUUGGAGGACUCGACGCCGCCGUCGCCGUUGCCGUGCAGCGACGGCGAGAGGUCGCACAUGGUGACGUUCCCCGUCGUCUCAGUUAGCCCGUAGCUCUGCACGCACGCAAACAACAUUGUUAAGCCUGGCAUCAAUUUCCUGCAUGAUGCUUACGAGUCCGAUGCCCAAUUAUUACCAAUUUCUUCAUUUGCAGU